AUGGGAUAUACCGAUCUUGAUGGACCGAUCUGGAGAACUGGACCGAUCUUGCUGUGUGAGGUGGGCUCCAUCAGCAAAGGUGGGAGCUUUGGAGAGCUCGCGUUGCUCUACUUCGCUCCCCGCGCAGCCACGAUCCAGGCACGCGAGGCCUCCCUGGUAUGGGUCAUCGACCGAAAGCACUUCAAGGACAUUCUGGCAGAGUCCUCCACCGCGAAAGCGGAGGAGUAUGUGAAGUAUUUGGACAAGGUGGAGCUACUCCAACCUUUGCAGGAAGAAGAGAAAGCCGCUCUUGGCCGUAGUUUGACUGAGAUGACCUUCACCAAGAGCGAGGUCAUCUUCCAGCAGGGUGAGAAAGGUGAUGCCUUCUACAUUCUCAUCGAGGGACAGGUCAGCGUGAUCAAGGACGGCCGCGAGGUGACCCGUCUCAGAGCCACGCCCGAGAAGGCCUCCUUCUUUGGCGAGCGCGCCUUGCUGAACAACGAGCCGCGGAAUGCCACCUUGCAGGUGCUUUCGGAGACGGCCAAGACCUUGACGGUGGAUCGGCAAUCCUUCGAUAUGAUCCUGGGGCCCUUGGAGGAGCUGCAGACGAGAGGCAGACAAGGCAAGAGCAAACUACAGGGGAAGAGUGCGGCCAUGGCCACACCCAGCCUGCCGCGUGGGCGGAAGUUUGGGCUGAUCCCACGGAAGGACCUGCGUCGUGUAGGGCUCUUGGGCUGUGGCGGCUUUGGGGCCGUCGAGCUGGUGGAGCACACUGGCUUGGGGGACACCUAUGCCUUGAAGGCACUGAGCAAGGGCUACGUCAUGAAGUCUGGGAUGCAGCAAAACGUCCUGAACGAAAAGAAUGUGCAGAUCAUGUGCGAUUCGCCGUACCUUGGCCAUGUAAGAAGGGACGCUGCUUUCUUUGCAUGUAAAGAUAUGAAGAGGUGA